CAGAAGAAGAAGAAGAACAUUUCUAAACUCAAUAAUGCUUCUGGUAAUGAUUAAUCCCGUAUAUCUAAAACAUGGACGGACUGACAACUCCUGUACGACAACAACAUAAAUUUAAUGUUAGCAGUCUUCAAAGAUACUUGACUGUCAAGUCACGGUUGUCGCAUAAUGACACACUAACUGUCAGACAGUACAGUGCUGGUCAGUCAAACCCAACUUUCCUAAUCCAGGCACCUUCACAGAGCUAUGUUCUCAGGAAGAGACCCCCAGGUGAGCUGCUGCCAGGGGCUCACAAGGUGGACAGGGAGUAUCGGGUGCAGAAGGCCCUUUUCUCUGCUGGUUUUCCUGUGCCUCAGCCCCUCUUGCACUGCACCGAUGUAGAAGUAAUUGGGACGGAAUUCUACUUGAUGGAGCAUGUGAAGGGCCGCAUAUUCAGGGAUCUGCGUCUCCCUGGAGUGAGUCCAGCAGAGAGAACAGCUCUGUAUGUGGCUGCAGUGGAGCUCUUGGCAAAGCUUCACUCACUGGACCUGCAAUCACUGAACCUUGAAGGGUAUGGCAGAGGGCCUGGUUAUUGCAGGAGACAAGUGUCCACCUGGACAAAGCAGUACAAAGCAGCAGCCCACGUUGACAUCCCAGCCAUGAAUGAACUGUCUGAUUGGUUGAUGAAGAAUUUACCAGUGAAUGACAAUGAAGUCACUCUUGUCCAUGGAGAUUUCCGAUUGGACAACUUGAUUUUCCAUCCAACAGAGGCACGUGUGGUAGCAGUGUUGGACUGGGAGCUGUCUACCACUGGGCAGCCCUUAGCGGACUUGGCAUACUUCCUUAUGCCUUGCUACUGGCCCACAAAUUUCAACAUUAUCAGCUCAAUGGGGAGUUUAAAUGGAGUAGAAGGAGCUCCAUCUGUGGGCGACCUGAUCUCCAUUUACUGCAGGUGUCGGGGGAUCCCAUCUGUGCUGCCGCAGUGGAAUUUUUACUUGGCCUUGUCAAACUUUAAAAUGGCUGGAAUUGCUCAGGGGAUCUACGCUCGCCACUUACUGGGUAAUGCCAGUGCGCCCAAUGCAGCCCAGUUCGGCCAGUGUGUGGAGCCCUUGGCUAAGGAAACCUUGCAGCUUUUACAGAGGCCUCUGACAGAGCCAAAGAAAGACGGACUCUUCCUCCAGACAGCUAAAGGUCAAGCUGUUCUCCGGCAGGUCAAAGACUUCAUGAGACAAAACGUGCUUCCUGCUCAGCGGGAAGUUGCAGAGUACUACUCCAAACAUGCUGAGUCUUCACAGAGGUGGCGCACCCCGCAAAUAAUAGAGGAUCUAAAGGUGAAAGCCAGGGCGGCAGGGCUGUGGAACUUGUUCCUGCCUGCAGCCAGUGGGCUCAGUCAGUUGGACUAUGCCUAUAUUGCAGAAGAAACUGGACGCUGCUUCUUUGCCCCCGAAGUCUUUAACUGCCAGGCUCCUGACACAGGAAAUAUGGAGGUGCUCCACUUGUUUGGCAGUGAGGAACAGAAGAAGAAAUGGCUGGAACCUCUGCUCAGAGGAGAGAUCCGCUCCUGCUUCUGUAUGACAGAGCCCGACGUGGCCUCCAGUGAUGCAACCAACAUGGAGUGCAGCUUUCACAGGGAUAAAGACAACUACAUCAUAAAUGGCAAGAAGUGGUGGAGCAGUGGUGCUGGCAAUCCCCAAUGCAAAGUGGCCAUCGUGAUGUGCAGGAACAGCUCUCAGGAUGUUAGCAGCAGACAUGGGCGACACAGCAUGAUCCUCGUCCCUAUGGAAACGCCAGGUGUGAAGCUCGUCAGGCCGCUUACUGUGUUCGGACAGGAUGAUGCCAUCCAUGGCGGCCACUUUGAAGUGCACUUUGAAAACGUCUACGUCCCUGUCUCCAACAUGAUUCUGGGGGAGGGCAGGGGAUUUGAGAUUGCUCAGGGUCGACUGGGACCCGGCAGGCUGCACCACUGUAUGAGAGCCGUCGGCCUCUCAGAGUUUGCACUGGAGCUGCUUUGCCAGAGGGCUGCUUUCAGGCAAACAUUUGGAAAAAAGCUGUACCAACAUGAGGUCGUCGCUCACUGGAUAGCAGAAUGCCGUCUCAUGAUAGAGCAAACCCGCCUGCUGACCCUUCAUGCUGCUCACGCUGUGGAUACGCUGGGCAGCCGGGUUGCUAGCAAACAGAUUGCUAUGAUCAAAGUUGCAGCAGCCAGAAUGGCCUGUAAGGUGGUGGACUGUGCCAUCCAGGUAUAUGGAGGUGCAGGCGUGUCUGGAGACUUCCCACUUGCGCAGAUGUAA